AUGAAGCUUCUUGUUCUGCUAGCCGUCGUCUGCGCCGCCAGCGCCACUACCCCGAGGUGGCCACGACUUCCCGAAGGAUGGGCUCCCCCGGACACGAAGAUUGUUGGCGGCGAUGAUGUGAUUAUUGAGGAUUACCCAUACCAGGUACUAGAGCCAAGUGGAUAUAUAUCCAACAUCCUCCAGGCUGUGCAAGUACCCGUGAUCACUAACGCACUUUGCAGGAAACAGUACGGAUCAUCUUCUAUUACCGACGACAUGCUGUGUGCAGGAUACCCAGAAGGUGGUAAAGACGCCUGCCAGGAUCGUCUGAAGAGCAGUAGACCAGUGUUCAUUAAUGCCUAG